UGUAUAGCUACGUGUAUAGCUACGUGCCUACGUGCCUAACUGCCUAGGAGAAUGGCCAAACCGUCGAUUUCGCACCUAAUAGAGGCCCUCUCUCCAUCGCCGCUGGCCUACAAGCACCUACGUGAAGUCCUCAUCAACAAGGUCCUCUGCAUACUCAUCGAAUUCCUUAUCAGCCGCCUCAUCAGCCGCCUUAUGAGCUUACCUCACGAGCUGCCUCACGAGGCUGCGGCAGGCCUGUCGACUGCGCUGUACUUCCUGCGACAGGCUGUAACUCAGGUUGCAGCACUACAACCUAGGAUCAACAACUCAUAUGCCAGAAAGCUACUCUCCGAACAUCAGCUGUAGAGAACCCAGCUGAAAUCUCAGCUGUAGAGAACCGAGCUGAAGCCUCAGCUGUGCAGGGCUCAUCUGAACUUACUAGCGCGCCACCCUGGGGGUGGCCCCCUUCCUUCCCCUAGUAUAUAUACAACUAGCUAGACGUCUAUAGAAAUCAGAGUUCACAUCAAUUUCAACCUGAGUCUG